AUGACUGCAUCACCCGAGAAGGCAGACCCACUGUCUGUCAUCAUCGCACUCGUCUGCAUCUUCCUCCUCCUGCUAACCUUCCUUGUCUUUAUCACACUCUGCAAGCCGGCAGCGCUGGACCAGUCCCGCUCUGGGUCCCACGAGUGUAUGCCCCAUCACCUGGCGGAUGCUAGCGAGCCCCAGCUUAGGCUCUGGAAGCGGCUGGGCUCCCUGCGAUGCUCCAUCAACACCUUCAGGAGGAGUCGGCCAGUGUCCCAGCGCCAGCGUGCCUGCCCCACAAGCCCCGCCACCAGCCAGGACCGGGACAUUAUAGAGUUCACCAAAAUGUGA